AAUUGAAGAAUAAUAAAAUUAACCCAGAUUUUCACGACUCUCUAACAACACAAUAGCAGGUGAAGGGGGUGCUGCCAACAACAAUUAAUCCUCUGCUUCUCCUUGGAUCUUCAAUUAAAUCCAAUCACGGGCACCCUUCCUCUGUGUCACAAUACAGUACAAGGGAGAGAACAAAGGUUUUGAUCUACUGAUAGAAGAAAUAGAAUCGAAGAGUAGUGAUGAAUCCAAAUCCGCUAUCGGAGCCAUAUUACCUCCUCCAUUUCCUCACUUUCUUCUCUUACCUCAUCACCCGCACCUCCGCCACCUCUCUCCUCUCUCCUCACCUCAUUCACCGCCUCUUUUAUCGAGAGAUUCAAGCGGUUUUGGCGUUUGCCUUGUUAGCUACCUAUAAGAUUGUGAGAGAUGAAACAUGGGAAGCUUUUAUUUCCAAUAUGCUAUUUUUCGCUAAGAUUUUUCUUGUUGCCAUUUCUUUGAUAAUGGAUUACCACUUGGCUCUCUGGUACAUGGUGGUGUUUUCAGUGAUAUAUCUUGUAACACAACCACCUGCUUUUGAAGGACUAGGCACGUCAAGUAAAUUAACACCACUGCAGUUAGAGACCUUGCUGACAGAAGGGAACACAUCAAGAUUCUGGUUGGUAGAAUUCCGUGCUUUGUGCUCCUCUGCUUGCAUACAUGCUAGUCGGUGCUUUCCAGAGCUCUCAAUUACAUACUCGAACAAGAACUUAUCAUUUGGAAUAGUUGAUCUUGGACUCUUCCCAAAUGCUGCAGAAAAAUUUGGAAUAUCUCUAAGUGGUGGCAUGGACCAACUUCCUACAUAUAUUUUGUUUGAGAAUGCAACUGAGGUUACACGGUUUCCAGAGUGGGAUUAUGAAGCAAAAGCUUCUCAUCCUCCUGUAACUAAGAGAGUUCUUUCACGACACUUUGAACUUGAUCGGCACCUUCUGGGAUAUGUAAAAUCCUGAGCUAUUUACUUGUCAAUUUACAAGCUCCAAUUCGUCAGUCAUUUCAGAAUACAUCAGGGGGUAAAAGUCAUCUCGAUCACUUUUCUGUUCCUUUUGACAAAGAAAAUUGACCAGGAAUGUGUAAAGCUGUCAAUUUACACAAUUUAACAUGGUUUUUACACCGUUCA